GCAGCGAAGUUCCCGCCUCAUUAUGUAACUCCUGCUAUCAUAAAUACAGACCUUAACUGGAACUUCCACAGUUUAUGUCAGGGAAAAGGGCAGAGUCAGAUACACGGACGCAGCAAUCCAUCAUAUUGGCAGUCAGAACAUAAUAGGACUUGCUGGCAUCUCAUAACGACGCGAAAUGGACUUCGAUCUGCCACCCACUUUUCCAGCCAGCGGUAUAGCAUGGGAGAGGGUCCUGCCGCCUCUUCUUCCCGGGCUCAACGGGACAUUCGGGCUGUACUCAUUCACUCCGUCGGAGCUGCUCACCCCAGUGACGGAGCACACUGGCUCUGCACAGGUGUGUUGUGACCACAGUCGAUUCACAGUUCAGGUUGAUGUAAAACACUUCAACCCAGAGGAGUUGAUGGUCAAGGUGAUAGGAGACUUUGUGGAGGUCCAAGGGAAACACAAAGAGAAAAAAGAUGGGUCGGGGCUGGUGACGCGACAGUUUAACCGGCGCUACAGGAUUCCAGAGGGAGUGGACUCCAUGGCUCUGGAGUCGGCUGUGUCGCCUGAAGGCAUCCUCAUCAUAUCUGCCCCUAUGCUGCAGGGGGAGAACUCCACACACCGGUCCCACUCAGAACCAUGAGCAUACACACCAUAAGAACAAACACACCAUAAGAACAAACACACAAUCCAUAGGAACCAGUGUUGGGGGGGGGGGGGGGGGGGGGGGGGGGGUAGUAAACUACAUGUAGUUCAACUAGUAAUUUAACUACAUUUUGCAGUAGCUUGGUGGCAGUUCAUAUCUUGGUAGUAUUUAGUAGUUUGCUACACAGCAAAAAAAAGUAGUUAACUACUGGAACUACACACUACUUUUUUUGCAAAUAGAAAAUAUGGGUGAAGUAGGCAAUCAUUUCCUUUCUUUUUCAGUAUUACCCCUUUCUAAUUCUCAUUUGAAACAGUUGUGUUUAAUAUGCUAAAUUACACAUUCUGUUAACAUCUUACUCCAGAGUGAUCUGUUCUUGCAAUUUGUAGUCUGACAUUUCAAAUAUAGUUUUCGCAAAGUAGUUUGCAAUUUUUCAAAUUAACUUAGUUAAAGAAAAUAAAAAUGUAGUUAUGGGUAACUUUAGUGUAGCUUAACUUCUUCCAGUGUGAAGUAAUUGGUGACUUGGUAAACUGUACACACACCAAAUAAGGAUAGAAGCAAAAAUACAGGCAAGCUCUCCUCCAACAGACAUAUCAAACACUCACCAAGGAGCUGGUGCCUGCCUGUACCAAAACACCCAUUAACUAAGCCGUCACACCAUUAGAAUUCCCUGCUCUCUCUCCCUCUGAGGUUUGUACAUAUUAACAGGACAGAUUCCUCAUUUAAAAGCAUCCCUCAUCCUAAAUAAUCCCAUUUAACUCAUCAAUCUUAAUAUUUUUAUGGAACCAUUCAUUGUAAAUAUGAUAUAAAACCAUUGAAAAUGUUGAUUUGAUUGUGUGGCGUGUCUAAUGCCCUCUAAAUCAUGUGUAAAUGUUUUAACACUCAGAUUAUCAAGUAUGUUCACAAAACCCAACAGUAAGGUUGUUGUAUAUUUUCUAACUAUUCAUUGUAAAAAGAGAAUUUGUUAACAAAAAUAAAUGCACUAUAUAUUUCGGUACAAAAAUAAAAAUGCUGUUGAAUUGA